UGCACAUUAUAUCUGUUCUUGCAGAAUUGCUGCCUAGCUACAGUGCCUGUGUCUCCUACCUGGAGGGAAGGGAGAUCGAACACUGAAUGAAAAGCAGAAUAACAGAACCAUCAUGUUUAGCCACCACUAUAUAACGCCAGAUCAACUUGCUGGUUUUGACAACUACAAGUACAGUGCUGUGGAUACAAACCCUUUGUCUGUAUAUGUAAUGCAACAUCUGUGGAACAAAGUUGUAAAGAUAGUGCCUCUUUGGAUUGCUCCAAAUUUGCUAACGUUAUCUGGAUUUCUCAUCAAUUUGGUCAAUUAUUUUUUGUUAUGCAUUUAUGAUUGGAACUAUACAGCAUCAGGUGUUGGCCAUGAACACAUCCCUAACUGGGUUUGGAUCUCUGCAGCAAUUGGCAACUUUUUGGCUUAUGCACUAGAUUCUAUUGACGGGAAACAUGCCAGAAGGACUCAGUCCAGCAGUCCAUUGGGGGAGUUAUUUGACCAUGGCUUGGACAGCUGGGCAGCGUCAAUCUUUCCAUUAUCUUUGUUCUCCAUUUUUGGAUGUGAUUCCGGUGAAGCCGGACUAACCACAAGGACCAUGUAUUCAGUAUCUUGCAUUGUCUUGUUCACCUUUAUGCUCUCACACUGGGAGAAAUACAACACUGGGGUGCUCUUCCUUCCAUGGGCAUAUGAUAUAAGCCAAGUGUCACUGACAACGGUCUAUAUUUUGACAGCCAUAGUGGGAGUUGAUGCUUAUCACAAAUCUUUGUUCCUCAAUUUCUAUAUGACUGAGAUUUUAAUAACAUUACUUACAGGGUGCAGCCUACUAAUUGCCUUUCCUCAGACUCUAUACAACAUAUACAAAGCACACCAACAGAAAGCACUGCUGAAGGCUACCCUGUAUGAAGGACUUUUACCAUUAUUCUCCCCUUCCCUUCUUUUUACUUUGCUGACAGUUUGGGUUGCAUUUUCUCCUUGUGGCAUUCUGGCUAAACAGCCCAGAUUAUUUUUAUGGAUGGUCGGUAUAACAUUCUCUAAUGUCACAUGUCGAGUGAUAAUAUGCCAGAUGAGUAAUACAAGAUCAGAGCUGUUCCACUGGCUGCUCUUACCACUACUCCUGCUAGUUGGCGCAUCGGUAUCUGGACUACUUGGAGUAAUGGAAGAAGUGACCUUCCUGGUCUUCACUGCGUUUGUUACAGCAGCACAUGUACAUUAUGGAGUUUGUGUGGGGAGACAACUCAGCCAACACUUCAACAUUUACGCAUUCUCCCUCAAGAAGCGGGGAGGCAACUGACCGCAGAUUUCAGCACUCAACUGUCUUCCCUGAAGAAGCUGAAAAGCUGAAGACUGAAAGUAUUCGGCCUAUCAGUGCUGUGUAUGUUUCAAGCUCACAGUAGAGAUAUAAAUAUAUAUAAAUAUACAGUAUCCACUGCACAACUCCAUUCAGCACAAUCAUGUUUUACUAUGGAGAUAAGUGGAAUUUGUUUUAGUAUUUUGGAAAAUAUUAAGUAACGA